AUGACCAAUGACUUGUGGCCCAACACAGGCAAUCCGAUGCGACCAACAACCCCGACUCCGGUCUCCAACUGGAGCAAAUAUCCUGCGCCUUUUGAUGCGGACGACGACAGGAACGGUUGCACAAGUCCGGUUGGCCUCCGAUUCGCAUGCGGAAGCAAACGACUUGAGGCGGUGAGGCAUCACGAUGUUGAGAAUGCCGAAGGUUGGGGGGAGGUGGAUGGCCGCCGCUGGGCGACGCAGAAUGCCGUAGGAAAACUCCGCCGUGUCUCCAAAGACGAGCGCCGUUUCGCACUGCCGCAAGCCCGUAACAUGGCGUUGAAGAAAUCGGCUUGGCUCUUAUGUCCAAGGCCAAGCCGAUUGAAAGUUGCCCAGCCCGAUGAGUCUCUUUCUGAUCUGUUGCCGGCAGGCAGUCGUUGCCGGCGUCCAGGAUUGGAUGCGGGACGGAACCCACGGAAACUGGCUUAUCGAUACCUUGCCGCACCUCACCUCACCGAGCGGCGAGACGAGAUUCUCAGCUCGACGAUUGAGGCGCAGACCGCGCAGUGCAUUUGCGGGUCGAUGGCCUUACCUCUACCUGUCUUGCCCAAGGGUUGGAUCGCCGAGGACGACGCCCAGAGACCAGCAAACACUUGGCAGGACAACGUUCCAAGUGCUCGUGGCCAAGCCUCAUCGGAUUGCCCUGACACCAUGUUCCACGAUUAUGGUCGAGCGCUCGUUCGUGAAUGCACCCCUUCCCUCCCCCACCCAGGUCGUUGGCGACAGUGACGGGUUGUCUCUGACCCGAGUCCAGAGCCCGAGAGCUUGUACGGACAGUGGAGUCUAGUCCACCCAAUGGACCAAAGGAUAACGCAACAGUUGGCUCUCUCCCGCGAAGAAGCGCGGCUUUGCCAGAUUCUUGGACAUGGCCGAGAUAGGUAGCUUGAGCCAUUUGUUCCUGGAGGUUUUUUUUUUCCCUUCCUUUUUUUCUUCCUCUUUUUU